AUGCAGUUGAAAAACGUCAUCUUAGCAGCGGCAGUGGGCUUGGUGGACGCCCAGCGUCCCAAGGACCAAAGCAUCUGCGACUACUACACAACCGCGUUGCUCAAGACAAAUAACGCAACCAACCAGGCUACGUUGUUGACCUUGCUGGUAAACACAGUCGUCAUUGGGAAUUACACCAUGCCCAACCAUAAUGCCGUCCCCGGCAUCCUCGCCCCCGGUGAGAUUGACGGCCAAAAGGUCAAUCUCGCUCCCUACUUUAACGGUGCUCUUGCUUCGACAAAUACCGGUGGGAAAAUGGGCGAGUCCGUCAACUUUUUGGACGGCGGCGGCGCAGCGCCCCUGAAGGAGAACAAGCCUGCCAACGACGACAAGAGCCGCCAGUAUUUCCUCCUCACCCACUUGUACCAGUUCUUUGGAAGCCUCACUGGGUGCAGCAUGCAGGGAAUGGCUGGAUUUGACGCCUACAAAGGGCAGGCCUCGAUGGCCGAAGUUCACAAGUUCAUGGACCUGAGCAAGCCCGAGAUGGACUACUUUGUCACCCAGGUCGGGCUUGCCGCAGCGUCGUUUGGCGUCGCCAAGGAGGAUAUCACCGUCGUUGCCGACGCCCUCAAUUCCGUCUUCAAUGUGGCUUGUGGACCGCCCACGGCUGUCAUCAAGGCUCAGGGUCCCCAGUUGCAAUCCAUCUGUAUCGACCAGUCCACCUGUCCCAAAGCCGCCAAGGAUCCCAUGUGUGACAAAUACCCUGCUGUCAUGAGGCCUAGCAACGCAACGGGUACCACGAUGCCGUCUGGUGCCACGAUGCCGUCUGGUGCCACGAUGCCGUCUGGUGGUAUGGCGCCUAGCGGUACCGCAUCCAGAGGCAAUGAUAUGCCGAGCGGAACGGCCAAGGGAACAAGUAUGCCCUCUGCUUCAACGGUUUCGGCUGGUGCUACCCUGGCGAGUGGGUAUAGUUAUGCUGCUGCUGCUGCUGCUGCUGGACUGGCUUAUCUCCUUUUGUAG